AUGAUUAUCAAUUGGACCAAUGCGUUUAAGGUUUUAAGGGAUACAAAGACAAAGGAACGUUUUAUGCGAACAAGCUUAACUUUUGAGUAUCUCGCCAGACAAUCGAAAUCGAUGAGCUGUUCUUUGUGCUACAAAUUGAUGGAUAUUAAUGAUUUAUUGUGUGAAGGAUGCUUUCAUAAGCUUCAUCCUCCUCCAAUAGACUUUAAGAUCUCCAUUGCCGUUGAAUGUGCCAAGGUGCUGCGAAGAAUAAGAGGAAACGAGACAAAGCCUUCUGAGCCUCCCAGCGAGGAUGAAAUCAAACUCCUUCAGCUUCUUAAUAUUCCCGAGAACUGCUCUCUGAGGGAUCUAGCUGAAAAGAUUUUUUCUUUGAAGUCUACACAACUAAGCUGUGGAGAGAGACUUAUACUCAGCAAUAUAAAGCUGAAGAUACAAGCAGAAACAGCAAAUAAGUGGACUACAGUGAGGAUAAAAACAAUGAUGGAUCUCUUAGAUGAGCAAUUGAACAUUGUAAAGCUAAAAUAUCUGGUCGGCCUAAGAAACCUAAGGUUUGAUGAUGUACUUUUGUUGAAGAAACAUAUAGUAGAAAUCAGGAAGCACAAAGACUGCCUGGCCGAGAUGCUAGGGAACAGAUCAAUCAUAUAA